GCUUUUAGAAGUUUGCUGUCUGCCUAUUGUUGUUUUAUGCAAAAAGUCAGAGUCUGGAUAGGACACACCGAGGGCCUUAUGCAAAUGACGUGUCUAUCGGCUGGUGUGGGAUACUGGAGAGGUGAAUGCUCUUCUACUAACCCACAUUGCUAAAUGUGUUUCUCUGAACCUUUUUGAGAAAGGUUCACUCAGUUCACCUGAGAAAAGCACCACAGAACCAGGGAUUUAAUCUACAGAGACUGGAUCUGUGGAUCUUCGCUUCUAUAAGAUAUUAAGAUGAGCACAGAGGCUGUUGAACAGACAGAAUCUCAGCAUGAACCAGCUGAUAUUGAACAAAAUGGCAUUGACUUCACCAGACAAAUAAAGACUGAGAACCUGAACGAUUCUCCUCAUUCUGGAUCGUCGCACAAGACAUGCCACUUAACUCAGGGAUCACCGGUGCCUGGUGGCCAGCUUACUGGGGUUUGGAACAACUUGAAGGAGCUGCCCUCCCUGCACUCUCUCCCCCAGCUCGUCCUGAUGCCUGGAUCUCAUCUGUCCUCCCCUUCAUCAUUUCUCCUCUCACAGGCCCAAUCAGGACACCAAGCACUUCUGCAGCCCAAUCUGCUUUCCUUGCCAUCUCAGUCUCAGACAGGACUCUUACCACACCAGCCUGGUCUCGCACUCACUCCUCAGGCAAUGGGCAGGACAGGGCUGGCUGGCUCUUCUAUGGAUGGACACUUGGACAUGUCUCACUUACAGGUCCCUAAACAUGUGGGAUCACCACAAGAUGAGCCUAAUGACCUGGAGGAGCUAGAGCAGUUUGCUAAAGCCUUCAAACAAAGACGCAUUAAACUAGGCUUUACUCAGGGUGAUGUGGGGCUAGCCAUGGGAAAGCUGUAUGGAAAUGACUUCAGUCAGACUACCAUUUCACGCUUCGAGGCUCUCAAUCUUAGCUUCAAAAACAUGUGCAAGCUCAAGCCCUUGCUAGAGAAGUGGCUGAGUGAUGCAGAGAACUCGCCAUCUGACUCCAUGACCAACCCCACCACCCUACCACCCCUUAUGGAGGGUUAUGGGAGGAAGAGGAAAAAGAGAACAAGCAUUGAAACUAACAUCAAGCUCACACUUGAGAAACGCUUUCUAGAUAACCCAAAACCCAACUCUGAAGAGAUUACGCACAUCUCAGAGCAGCUAGCCAUGGAGAAGGAAGUAGUACGGGUUUGGUUCUGCAACCGGCGGCAGAAAGAAAAGAGGAUAUACUGCCCCAUUUCCACUUCACCCAUGAAGUCUCACAACUACAACCCUCGUCUGCCUUCAACUUCACGCUCAUUCAGUCCACUCACCUCUGGAGGUGUGUCAACAAGCUCCUCCCCCAACAGCCCCAGUCGAGGCUCUUCCCCCAGCACUCUGUCCACCACAUCCAGUGCACUGACGGCACAGGGGGUCAACCAGACGUUCAACACUGCAGGAUCCUGGUAUCGCUGGAACACCACGUCAUACCACCACUGAGCACCUCGCCAGAACUCCAGUACAUCCGGAGGCAAUAGCUUCACUUCAUAACUUGCCAGACGAGAGGGGUCUCUGUGAAAGAAAGGAAAUAUUCAUUCUGUAAUGUUUACAACCUGCACUAAACGUGGAGGCAGAAAGCAGAGAACCACUAUUCUGCUUCUCAUGGUCUAAUGUUCAAAGGGCUUGUGAAUAGCUUCACUGCUAAUUACUGAAGGGAAAAGCACUAAUAUGCAACAGCACAUUGUUUAGAUAUGCAAACUUGCUGCAAAGAACAUAACAGGCAUGUUCAGCAUUUUCAACAGAGCUUUUAAUGUGCAUGAAACCUUAUUUUUACUUCCUGUGCAAGAUCUCUGUGCCAAUUUUGUUGUACAUGAAGGUUCAAAUCUGGCUUUAUGUGUACUGAUAAUGACGAAUAAACUGCACACAACCAAAAACAAUCUUUUAAAACCCACUGAUAUUUGUAUAUCUUGUUUACAUGUUGCUUUGUUAGAAACUUGUGUCACUGUGUGUAAUUUUAUGCUGAAGGUUCGUUGACAAUUUUAGAUAGGUCAAGAAUGGGACAGCUGGCUCUGAUGUGUGCAGUUAUUUUGAGACAACAUUUAGUAUAUUGGUCAGCACAGUUUACAGUUUUUCAUAUAUUUUCAGCAUGUACCUAGUUUUGUGUUUCUGAAUAUUUUCUAAGGAUUUCUGGCAGGGAAAACAUUUUAUAUGCCUGGUGUGGAAUAUAAAUAUUUCACACUACUUUUUAUGCAACAUUGUCCAACGCAUUUGAAGUGCCUUGAGUUUCACAUUUUAGCUUUAAUGUAUGAUUAAUAAUAUUAUCUAGAUAUUGUUUGUUUGGUUGUUCUUUGCUUUUUUUAAUUUGUAAAACACUGUUGUAAAUUUCAAUUUCACUGUUUGACUGUUAUUAAAAUGUGCACUUGC